AUGUUCGCUACCCGACCUCUCGCUAUGCGUCCUACGCGCCCUGUGAUGGCUGCUCCUAAGGAGGGCUUGAGCGCUCACACUGUUUCGCAGCGUCUUCGUCUGAUCAAGAAGAUCCCACCUGAAUUGAUUCCUCUCGGUGUCGUCUUGGGGUAA